CAGAACAAAGACAUGUAUACAGGUUUGGAAUAAAAUGAGGAUGAGUAGGCCUAUAUUUUAUGUGAACUAUCCCUUUAAGGAUACUUGUUGGCCUAUAUAGGUAAUUUUGCAGCAUCAUUACUGCAUGAUUACUGUAUUUGCAUGUGUUUGGUGUAUAUCUCCUAUAUUCACACACGAACAUACUGUUUUCCUAAUAAAUAAAAAUAUCGUGAUGAUAUUUGCUUCUCUGUUCACUACGUACUCUACCCUCUCACAAAGUUAUAUUUUAUGUUGUAUGUUUUGACUGUAAAUGACAGUUUUGUGGCAGUUUGCGCCCUCUUCUGUCGCUUUCGUGCAGCAGUACAGUGUGAUUGACGACGCAUUCCACCAAUAAAAAUUAAGACAACGUUGUCGGUUGUAUGAUUUAACCAAUAGGAGUCGUAGGAAGUGGAAGAUAGGCGGGACGUCCGCAAACGUUGUUGUUGGAAGAGAAGUAGAUUCAAGAAGCCAUUACGCUGCGCAAUUGUGCCGAGACCAAAAACUUACUAUUUUUACGUAUUCUACGCACUUUUUUAUUUAACCCCCCAAGUCAAUUUAAAUUCACCAUGGCGUCUCAGGCCAAAAAGAGAAAAACGAACUUCUCCGAAAGAGAGGUGGAAAUCAUCGUGGAGGAGAUGGAAAAACAAAAACACAUUUUGGUGAACCAUUUCAACGCGGGCGUCACGCAUAUCGCAAAGAACAACGCGUGGGUCGAGAUCAUGAAGCGCGUGAACGCCGUUGCCACCUGCCAGCGAGAGCUAGCGGAGGUCAAGAAGAAAUGGUCCGAUCUGAAGACGGAGGUGCGACGGAAAGUGGCACAAGCGCGGGCGGCCAUGGAGGGAACGGGCGACUGCACCUCAGUGCCCGUCCUCUUGACCUCCAUGCAGCAGCGCAUCUGCAAUCUAUUGGGAGAGGCGACCAUCAUCAGUCUGCCGACGGCGGAGGCGGGCGCGGAGAUCACGGUGCCCAUCAGUUCCGCCGCCACCACCGUCGCGUUAACGCAAAGUAUUCAACCUACAACGGGGGCGUGUAUAAUUAAAACAAUUGAAGAUGAGACGACAUAUCACACCCUGGAGGACGGGAUGGUGGAGUACUGCACCACCGAGACCCCUGUCACAGUCACACCUGUGGAGAUGCUCGCGGCGCAGGCCGAGUGUUCCUCCAAACCCCAAGAGCUGAAGAGCCGCAUCGCACUUAACUCCGCCAAGCUCCUCCAGGAGCACCGUGUCACCAACCUCCAUGUGCGUGAGAUCUCACAGCACCUGGAGAACCAGAACGACCUCCUGCAGAUGAUCCGGCGCUCCCUGGAGGCCCAGGCCUGUGCACAGGAGAGACAAGCUCAGGCUCUGGAGGGUACACAGGCUGGUCUGCUGGCUCUUGUUCAGAUGUUCAGACCUGCAUUGAAGGACCUGAGAAAGUUCCUACAGAACACCAACAGCUCGAAUGCUGCAGGUGCCUCAGAGACUGCAGAGGGUAAAAUGGAAAAUGCGCAAAGGCCUUUAGAAGAUGGACAAUAGAUUAAAUGAAAUACAUGUUUGGAGUUGUGUAUGUGUGUAUGCGUGUUUGACAGUUUUGGUCUAGAGUGUAAAUGAUUUCACACUGCCACAUAAAGUUUGUGCUGGUAUGUGUGAAUGUUGGAGGGAUAAAGUAAUGUACAGUUGUAAGAAAGAAAUGGCCGAAAUACGUGAUCUAGAAGACAAAUUUUAGCUUUUGACUAGCAUUUUGAUUUCUGCAAGGUCUUUCAGUUUAACUCAUGGUCAGGAUUUUUUUAUUUGGUUCACUGUAGUUAUGUUGCAUACUAAAGAUAUAUAUUUAGUCAUUUUUGGAUAUGUAUAUUUUUUUGUAUAAAUCGUGUGUAAAUAAUCAUAACAUUAAUGUGCUGCAUGCAAAACCCCUAAAACAUAGUUUUAGUAUUCUAGUUAGACAUUUUUUCAGUGGCAGGUGAAUCAGACUCGGAAAGACAUUUUUUUUGCAUCAAAUAACAAAUACUAAAUAAAGAAACUCUCCAGAAGUAAAAAUCUGUUAUUUGCAGACUGAAUUUGAAAUGUUUUCUUUUAAAAGUACCUUAAGCAAAGCUUUAAAA